AUGAAGAGGAGCGGGAUGCGCUGGUGGCUUGUCACUGUCCUGGGGGUGCUGAGCGGACCCAGCGCGGGGGCUGGGAGCUGCGCCCCCCGGGAGCACGGCACACCGGGAUGUCCCCCCGGAGAAGAGCCCACCGGGGGUCCGGUGGGGAUGUGCCGAGCUUGUCCCCCCGGUACCUUCUCACCGGGGGACGUAUCCUGCUCCGCUCACACCCACUGCCGGGCCAGGAACAGGGUCUUGGUGACACCGGGGACGGCGGUGACCGACAGACGCUGCGGAACCUGCCUGCCGGGAGGCCGGCGGCGAACCCGCAGCCCCGAAACGCCGGACCGACCGGUGGGGACCAACGGGACGCGGGUGACGCUGAUGGGGGAGGAAGAGGAGGAGGAGGCGGCAGCAGCGCAGGCGGCUGUGCUGACCAUCGUCCCGGUCUUCUGCGCCAUGGGGUUGUUGGGCAUCCUGGUCUGCAACCUGCUGAAGAAGAAGGGUUACCACUGCACCGCCAGCAAGGACCCCCAGCCCGGGGGCACCGGUCCCAGCUCCAUCUACCAACUGGAGGACGCCAACGAGGACACCAUCGGGGUGCUGGUGCGGCUGAUCACUGAGAAGAGAGAAAACGCCGCAGCGCUGGAGGAGCUGCUGAAGGAGCAUCACGGCCAACAGGCGGUGCCACCACCGGGCUGUGCCCCCCCAAAUAAGCUGCACCUCCUGCCUCAGUUUCCCCCCGCCUGCCGGCACCAGCAGCACCUCCACACGGUGCAGGGUCCAGCCCCGUGCACCCGCUGCAGCCAGAAGAAGUGGCCCGAGGUACUGCCACCGCUUAGUGCCACCAAGGUCCCCAAACCUGGGGGUCGCCCCGGUGAGGUCACCAUCCUCUCUGUUGGCAGGUUUCGGGUGUCCCGGAUCCCUGAGAUGAGGAGCGAGGUGGGGGGCGAAUCCCUCCGGGGUCCCCUCCCUGCCGGUAACGGGAUGCGGCCCCCGUGGUUGAAAAGCACCGACGGUCCCCCCGAGGAAAGCAAGAUGGGAUUUCACACCUUCCGGCCGGGGACCGCAUCAUCCCGAAUCCCCUGCGGGGGGCGAGGGGGAUGCAUCCGGCGGGAUGCAGGAGGGGAUGGCAAAGGGAGGAGGGGAGCGGGGGGUCUCUGCGGGAUGGACCGCAUUCAGCGGGAUGGUUGGGGGAAAACCCGAUACCCUGAAACGUCCGUCAUUGAAACGAACCGCUGA